AUGUGGGUAGAGUUCUUGGCGGACGGGGCCAGCCUUGUUGCCAAGCCCUGGGAGGACUUAGGGCUUUUGGAGCGCUUUCUCCCCUAUGCCGAGAUGGUGGUCAGAACCAUUUUUGGCGAACUGCCAUCAGAUCAGCACUCCCCGACGCGAACGCCCUAUUUUAGUGUUGGGUCCCCACAACGAUCAAAAAGCCGCGAAGAUGGAGGUGUAGGUGGGGGAGAUCCCAAGAGUAGUGGGACACUCACCUACAAGUACAAUCAGAAUUGGGGUGUCUUGUGCGAGAUGGUCUUGGAGCAAAACUCUCUACCAAGUGACAAUUCUAUGGUCGCCCUCUAA